AUGAACGAGAGUUUGGUCAGAAUCAUCACUAAAGAGGAGAUAAAAGAGGCUGUCUUCUCGAUCAAACCUUCUACUGCUCCGGGUCCAGAUGGAAUGUCGGGGCUCUUCUUUCAGCAUUAUUGGGACAUUAUCGAGACUCAGGUCAUCUCUGAGGUGCAGAAUUUCUUUGAAACAGGAGUGUUCCCGGAGGAGUGGAACUACACGCACCUAUGUCUUAUUCCUAAAACAACGCAUCCGGUAGAGAUGUCUAACCUGAGGCCUAUAAGUCUGUGCUCGGUCCUUUACAAAAUCAUCUCAAAGAUUUUGGUAAAGAGAUUACAACCAAUUCUGCCUUCCAUUGUGUCAGAGUAUCAAUCAGCCUUCGUUUCUGAGAGGAUGAUCACAUAUAAUAUAUUGAUGGCGCAUGAGCUGGUUCAUAGUCUCAAUUCGCAUGAUCGCAUCUCAAAGGAUUACAUGACGGUCAAAUCGGAUAUGUCUAAGGCCUAUAAUAGAGUGGAGUGGAGUUAUCUUAGAGCGCUUCUUGUUGCCCUUGGGUUUCAUGAGAGGGUUUCUGGAUUAUGA